GAGAUGUCUCCCUCAAAAGCCCCAGCGCCCCCCUCUCAUUCUUUCGUCGACCUUCUCUCUCUCUCUCUGCUCAACGGAUCUAUCUCUGCUCAACGGUACACAUAAUCUCCCUCUGUUCAACGGCACAAAAAGCUUGAGUUUUUCACCGUGUUCUCCUUUUUCAUCGAUACACGCCGUUCUUUACCGUGUUCAGAAAAUGUCAGCGUAUGAGAAUGUUGUUGGUGGGAAGCUGAAGCUGAAGGGGAAAGCUUUGGAUGUGAAGGCUGGUGGGACUAAGAAGAAAAAGAAACAUAAGAAGCAUUAUGAUCAAAUAUCUCAACUUACUGGAAGCGAGCUUUCAACAGGUGGAAGCACAGGAGUGUCAACUGAUCAAACCGAGGAGGAUAUAAAUGAGACCGACAAAUUGGGUGGGGAAGGAAAUGCUGGUACUCAUGACGAUCUUCUCACGCCUGCUGAAAGGCGGUACAUUGAUCAGAGGGAGAAAAUAGAUGUCCGAAGGCUGGCGAAGAAUGCUAACAAAUCACAUCGCGAUCGGAUUCAGGACUUCAACCAGUAUCUGGCAAAUAUGAGUGAGCACUAUGAUAUUCCUAAAGUUGGCCCAGGUUGACUAGUCAAGAUUGUAACCACCUAACCUACCUACUGUUGCCAAAAGGUUCAAUUAUUAGUUUUUAUUUCUUCAUUAUUAGUGAGUGGCACAUCAUGAUCAUGGUUCUGUGGUUGCAAGCCUGUACACUGAAUUAUCCUUUAUGGUUCAAUUGACCAGGUUAUGUUAAAUCUUGCAUUUUUGUAUUUUUAAUUUGUAACACUAAAAAUGUGAAUUUCCCAGGUUCAAUUGACAAGGCACUAA